AUGAGAACGAGGAGGAAAAUGAAGAAAUUUGAGAGUUUCGAUUCCUCCGGCUUGAAUCCAGUGGAAGAAUCGGAGGGGUCGGCUUCACUGGAUUCAAUUUCGUCAAAAAUGUUGAGCAGUUCGGAGAAGAUCGGCAAAUGGAUCAGGCAAGUUCGAGUCUCGUUCACUGACCCUGAUGCCACCGAUUCUUCCAGCGAAGAAGAGGAUGAUAACCAUGGUGAUGGCUUGAAGAAGAGAAAGCGAGUUGCUUUCGUGAUCCCCGUCGACCCUGCAGCCGCUACUCGCGGGCCCGCAAAUCUCUCAAAAUCGAUGAAGACCCCCAUCUCCGGGAAGCAGAAGGGAGUACGGCAGCGGCGGUGGGGAAAAUGGGCGGCGGAGAUCAGAGACCCCAUCCGUGGCAUUCGUCUCUGGCUGGGCACUUUUCCGACCGCCAAUGAGGCGGCCGAGGCUUACCGUGCGGCUGCAAGGCGGAUUGAGAAGGAAAAAUCCCUUCUGCAACGCGAACGGCGCUUCUCCAAUGACGACGACGCUGUCGCCGGUUCCAUUUCAUCUUCCUCCACAGCGACAACGGCACAGGCGUUGGGGAUCCCCGUUCCAUCGUCCUCUGUCCUCGAAUCUUCCUGCUCGGCGAAAGAAAGUGCUUCGACUGGUGCCGCUGCUGUGCCGGCGGCGGAGGAGGAGUGGAUGGCAAGCAUUACAACGCCGGAAGUGGAAUUCGGGCUCGAUGAAGAGCCGUUCUUGGUCGGCGAGCUCGCCGAGGAUUUGAUCGGGCUUGCUGAUUUGCCGCUGUGGACGGAGAACUAUCUGGACUGCGGAGAUUUUUCAUUUCUAGAUCUUCAAAAUUAA